CAUAACCAAAUCAUUGCCAUACUAUAUUUAGUUUAUUAAAAUAUACACCUAUGCAGUACAGUAUCCAAAGUUUGCCGUGUGCAGCACUCAGCGAGAUAUGGUUAGGUUAACAUUAGCUUGCUAGCUAGCUCGCUUGAUGAACUGUAACAUUAAGCUCAGUGGCUAUCACUUCAUUAAGGGGCCUUAAUUCAGGAAGAUGGCAUUGAUAUCAUUUGAGGACCUUGCCGAACUGGAUGAUGAACAGCUGGAUGAUGACAUCACUGAUAACUCUGAGCCAAUGGAUGAUGACGAUCAAGACAGACUGCUUGCCCAUUGGCAGGCCGUGGGCCGGACCCACCAAGUGUCUGUUCCACGUGAAAUGACGGCGCCCAUUGUCGAGAUGACCCAAAGAAACCAAACCACUGAAAGGCAGCAGGUGCCCUUUGCCGUCAUAUCUAAACGUGAAAAGCUGGGAGAAGUGAUGUUUGAGGAGAGAGUGUACCCGGCAGGGAAGUGGGCAUGCAUCACCAAGUCAGAGAAGAUGUACGAGCAGAGCAUCUCUCUGGCCUUCAUGAAGAUCAUGCGCUUCAUCUGCAAGGAAAGCUCAGUGGGUCGGUACUUGGGCAUGACUGUACCUGUGGUGGCUGAGUUUCAGAUGGCGGAGAAUGGGACCAACUUCCUGAAGGACGUGGUGACGGCCUUCUACCUGCCUGCAGAGUUCCAGACCAACCCCCCUGAGCCCUGUGACCCCGAGAUCACCAUUUCUCACAGAGAACCCAUGAGAGUCAUCUCGCGAGUGUUCUAUGGGACCACCACGGAGGAGACCAUCCAGUGGCAGAUCCAUCUCCUGUGGGAGCUGCUGGGGGAGACGGAGAACGUCCACCGCCACAUGUACAUGGUGGCCACCUACGAGAACCCAGGGGUUCCCGAACGCAGGAAUGAGAUCUGGUUCAUCCGUAAAGAUGCCUAGACUAGAGGUACCCUCCCUGCUGAUGUUCUGCAAUCAUUGUCAGUGUGGAGCCCACAGAUUUGUCCCAUGUCACACAACCAGUCCCCCCUCCCUGCCCUGCUCUCGGCCCCUUUCAGAGAGAGCGUGAUUGCACCAGGUGUGUUGUGGGUGUGGGCCAGGAGUGGAUAUAGUUACUGUGUAAUCAUUUCAAAUCAAUCAAUGACCCACAUCACCCUGAUCAGCCCACAUACCCCCUCGACGCAUGUUCUAAUCGUAAGGUAAGACCAUAACUCCCAUCGCACAGGAAGAGCAUGACUUUCUAUUUUAACUGCGUUCACUACAUGAUACUUGGCACUUUGGUAACGUUUUCAUCUUAUUCUGUCCCAAUAUAAAUUCCUGGGAGGCCUAUGGAUGAAGGCAAAGUGAAUAUUAUUAUUAUUAUUAUUAGUAGUAGUAGUAGUAUUGUUAUUGUUAUUAGUAUUGUUAUUGUUAUUAGUAUUGUUAUUAGUAUUAGUAUUAGUAGUAGUAGUAAACACCUGGUGGUUAUCCUUUGUUGUCUUUAUUCUUCUGUUCAAGAGAGUGUCUUCCCAGUGUCCCCAGCAGUAAAGCCAGCUGUUCUCCUUGUUCUGGAAUGUUCCUCUUGUUUUGACCUGUGUUGUUCAAAGUCAUCCCCUGGCUCAGUGUGUCCAUGGUUCAGUGCGAUUGAGUCCACUCACGCUCCACGACAGUCUGUCACUCGUCCUUGGAGAAGACACUUUGACGUCCCACUUCAGUUUCUGCUGGGGACGGAACUCCCAACUCAAUUCAGACAAUCAAUCAAUCAAUCAAUCACAGUUGGAGUCAUUGAUAGGUUUGACAGGUAUGAAAUCUGCUAGAUAUUCUUUUUUUUUUUAAAGAUUUAUUUUGGGGCUUUUUUGGCCUUUAAUCGAUAGUCUUAGUGAAGAGUGGAACAGGAAAUGAGAGGGAGAAGAGGCGGGGAGUGGACAGGAGAAAUGACAUCAGGCCGGAAUCGAACCUGUGGCAUCAAGCCCGAAUGUGGUCGGGGCUACUGGUUGCGCCACAGUGCCACCCCCUGCGAGAUAUUCUUGAGGCUAGUUAACUAGUAAUUGUUCAAUUCACUUGACAUGCCUGGCUCUCAUGGGGUCAUUCUAAGAUGUCCCUACUGCUUCAGUGGGUGCCACUGAAAAGGAUCUUUAUUCGAACAGUGCUGUAACUCCUGCUGGCCAGUAGGUGGUAGAAUGGCCGUGACGGUAUCUCUUCGCCUUGUUGGUAAAUGGUACAUUUUUCAAACUGUCUUUUUUUCAGGCAAAUACUUCCAGACAGAGUGAGGACUAAUUAGAGCGGUGGAAUAUUCUAGAUGGUUUAUCUGAGGUUGAUGUCCCGUUCUUUUACUGAUUGUACGGAGGGCUUUCAUAUCUGCUUCUUGUGUCAUUUUGUGUCUUUGUGUUGUGCCUUUGCAUCUGGUUCAAGUUGUUUCCUCCAUGUUGUGAUCUUGUUUUUACAAUAAUAUAAUUCUCUGAAUGACAUCCUUUUGCCAAGUUCUUUCCGCCAUGUUGUGAUCUUGUUUUUACAAUAAUAGAAUUUAUCUGAAUGACAUCCUUCUACCAAGUUCUUUCCGCCAUGUUGUGAUCUUGUUUUUACAAUAAUAUAAUUCUCCGAAUUACAUCCUUUUGCUAAGUUGCUUGAUUUGUAUGUUUGCUCUCUCUCUGCUGUAUUGUGAUUUAAUAGUCUACCUUCUUAUAGAACAACUCUUACAGCUCUUUAUGUAAACUGUGGCAUUAUGAAAUGUACUGGAUACACUGUAUGUACUAUUGAGAUAUUAUAUUGAAAGAGAAACGGUUAAUAUUUUGUAUUUUGCUUUUGAAUAAUACAAAUGAAUAAUAAAAUAAUAAAAACACUA